CCAUUUGGAUCUAGGGCAGCCCUUAGAGACCCAGGUUGUUAGUCCUGGGAGGUGGGUACGGCAUUCCAGGAACAGGAACUACAAGGCUGAGUUUGCAUCAUGCCGGUUGGAGGCUGUACCACUGGAAUUUGGGGACUAUCACCCACUGAAACCCAUAACUGUCACAGAGUCAAAGACAAAGAAAGUGAGCCGGAAAGGAAGCACUUCUUCCACGUCCUCUUCAUCCUCCAGCUCUGUGGUGGACCCACUGAGCAGCGUCCUGGAUGGGACCGACCCCCUCUCCAUGUUUGCGGCCUCUGCUGACCCUGCAGCCCUGGCGGCUACCACGGACAACUCCAGAAAGAAACGUGACAGAGAUGAUAACUCCAUUGUAGGAUCAGAUUUUGAGCCUUGGGCCAGCAAACGAGGAGAAAUCCUUGCCCGGUAUACUACCACGGAAAAGCUCUCUAUUAAUCUUUUUAUGGGAUCUGAAAAAGGCAAAGCUGGGACUGCCAUAUCCGCAAUGUCGGAGAAGGUUCGGACCAGGCUGGAGGAGCUGGAUGAUUUUGAGGAGGGAUCCCAAAAGGAGCUGUUGAAUUUGACUCAACAGGAUUAUGUGAACCGCAUAGAAGAGCUCAACCAGUCGCUGAAGGACGCCUGGGCCUCGGACCAGAAAGUGAAGGCUCUAAAAAUAGUCAUCCAGUGUUCAAAGCUUCUUUCGGACACAAGUGUUAUUCAGUUCUACCCAAGUAAAUUUGUCCUUAUCACCGACAUACUUGAUACAUUUGGAAAGCUGGUAUACGAGCGCAUCUUUUCCAUGUGUAUGGAUAACCACAGCAUCUUACCAGAUCACUUCUCUCCAGAGAAUGUAAAUGACACAGCCAAAGAAACAUGCUUAAAUUGGUUUUUCAAGAUUGCUUCGAUCAGGGAACUGAUUCCGAGAUUCUAUGUGGAAGCAUCCAUCCUGAAGUGUAACAAGUUCCUCUCCAAAACGGGGAUUUCAGAGUGUCUGCCCCGGCUGACUUGCAUGGUCCGAGGGAUCGGGGACCCUCUGGUGUCGGUGUACGCCAGGGCCUACCUGUGCAGGGUGGGCAUGGAAGUGGCUCCACAUCUCAAAGAAAGCCUAAAUAAGAACUUCUUUGACUUCCUCCUCACAUUCAAACAGAUUCACGGCGAUACUGUCCAGAACCAGCUGGUGCUCCAGGGAGUGGAGCUUCCAUCCUACCUCCCCUUGUACUCGCCUGCCAUGGACUGGAUCUUCCAGUGCAUUUCCUACCAUGCCCCCGAGGCUCUGCUAACCGAAAUGAUGGAGAGAUGUAAGAAACUAGCAAACAAUGCCUUGCUGUUGAAUUCCGUAAUGUCAGCUUUCCGGGCCGAGUUCAUCGCCACAAGGUCCAUGGAUUUCAUCGGCAUGAUUAAAGAGUGCGAUGAGUCUGGUUUCCCCAAGCAUCUUCUCUUUCGCUCACUGGGCUUAAACUUGGCCUUGGCUAAUCCUCCUGAGAGUGAUCGACUUCAGAUUCUCAAUGAAGCUUGGAAAGUUAUCACUAAAUUGAAGAAUCCACAGGACUACAUUAAUUGUGCCGAAGUGUGGGUAGAGUACACCUGCAAACAUUUCACGAAACGAGAGGUGAAUACUGUUUUGGCCGAUAUCAUCAAGCACAUGACUCCAGAUCGUGCAUUUGAAGACUCCUACCCUCAGCUUCAGUCAAUAAUUAAGAAAGUAAUUGCACACUUCCAUGAUUUCUCAGUUCUUUUUUCAGUGGAAAAAUUUCUGCCAUUUCUGGACAUGUUCCAAAAAGAGAGUGUGCGGGUGGAGGUUUGCAAAUGCAUCAUGGAAGUUUUUAUCAAGCAUCAGCAAGAGCCCACUAAGGACCCCGUCAUUCUGAACGCCCUUUUGCACAUUUGCAAGACCAUGCAUGACUCUGUGAAUGCACUCACUCUUGAGGAUGAGAAAAGAAUGCUGGCAUAUUUGAUUAAUGGAUUUAUAAAAAUGGUGUCCUUUGGCCGUGAUUUUGAACAACAGCUGAGUUUUUACGUUGAGGCCAGGUCGAUGUUUUGCAAUCUGGAACCUGUUCUUGUGCAGUUGAUUCAUAGUGUGAACCGGUUGGCAAUGGAAACAAGAAAAGUAAUGAAAGGAAAUCAUUCCAGAAAGACGGCUGCAUUUGUCCGGGCCUGCGUUGCCUACUGCUUCAUUACCAUUCCCUCCCUGGUGGGAAUCUUCACCCGCCUCAAUCUCUACCUGCAUUCUGGUCAGGUGGCCUUGGCCAACCAGUGCCUCUCCCAAGAACAUGGAACCCUGUUGUUCAGAGACAUAUGCAGAGCUUCAGCGCACAACAGACAGCAGUGGGGCUCCUCAGCUGAUGCCUUUUUCAAAGCCGCUAUAAGCCUCGUUCCAGAAGUUCCAAAGAUGAUUAAUAUUGACGGAAAGAUGCGGCCCUCAGAAUCAUUCCUUCUGGAAUUCCUCUGCAAUUUCUUUUCUACUUUGUUAAUAGUUCCGGAUCAUCCAGAACACGGGGUUCUGUUUCUUGUUCGAGAGCUGCUCAACGUGAUCCAGGACUACACCUGGGAGGACAGCAGUGAUGAGAAAAUCCGCAUCUACACCUGUGUCCUGCACCUGCUGUCCGCCAUGAGCCAGGAGACCUAUCUCUACCACGUAGACAAAGUUGACUCCAAUGACAGCCUCUACGGGGGAGACUCCAAGUUUCUGGCUGAGAACAACAAGCUGUGCGAGACGGUGAUGGCUCAGAUCCUGGAGCAUCUGAAAACCCUGGCCAAGGACGAGGCCCUAAAGCGCCAGAGCUCGUUGGGCCUUUCCUUCUUUAACAGCAUCUUGGCCCAUGGGGACCUGCGCAGUAACAGGCUCAACCAGCUGUCCGUCAACCUGUGGCACCUGGCACAGAGGCACGGCUGUGCGGACACCAGGACCAUGGUGAAAACUCUGGAAUACAUCAAGAAGCGAAGCAAACACCCAGACAUGGGGCAUCUGACCGAGCUGGCCCUCAGGCUCCCUCUGCAGACGAGGACCUGACCCUAGGGGCUCUGGUGCCAAGUCCAGAAAGACCUGUUUUGCGUUUUUGUUUUUAUUUUUACACACGUACAGAUUGGCUUCUCUACUAGAUUAUUCUGCCAGUGAAGUGAACAAGCGGGAGCUGUCAGAGCAUUCGAAUCCACUCCUGCUCACUGAGCACAGCAUCUUAGUGUUUCUUUGCACAGGUGGCCUUCAGGUGGGCCUUUAGGGAAAAACUGAAGAAUGCAAGUAACAUCUUCCCUUUCUGGAAGGUGUUUUUUAAUUGGAAAAAGAACCUUGAAAAGCAGUCCACUUUGACAGACCCACUGUGCCCUAUCCCUAAUUUGCUUUAUAUCAAAAUCAGCUCUUGAUUGGAUUUAGAAUAUGCUGGUGGAUUAAAGGAGAAAGUGAAGUCAAAUCUGAGAUUCCCUGUGGCUUCGAUGGAAAAUAUACUGUAACUGAAUAAACCUCCUGAAGGAACA